GGGGGUUUCCCUGGGGCAGCGCCUUGGGGGGCAGUGGGUCUUGCACGGCUGGGCUGGGUGCCUGGGGCCCCCCAGGGGUGAGCUCCCUGCCCCCCCAGCCAUGGGCGAGUCCCCCGUGCGGGUGGAGGUGCUGACCCAGCUGCAGCACCACGGCAUCCCCCCGGAGCAGAUCACCUACCCUCGCGUCACCCUCUCCGCGCCCUGGCGGCUCUGCGUGCGGCACGGCCCCCCCGCCGGGGCCCGGGUCACCCUGCUCGACCUGCGGGAGCCCCACGGCGCAGCCACCCCCAGCUGGCCCCUGCACCAGGCCCAGGGCGCGCUGGCCCACCCCAGCCAGCCCCUGCUGGCCCUACGAGCGGGCUGUGUGGCACAGGUGUUCGACGUGGCGCAGCGCUGCCUGCGCUGGCAGUGGACCUUUGCCCACCCCCUGGAGUUCUGGGCCUGGCUGGAGCCCAACACGCUGGCGCUGGUGACGGAGGAGGAGGUGUUCCACUGGGCCCUCAGCCGCCCGAAGCCGCGGCGUCAGUUCUGGCGCCAUGAGCGGCUGUGGCGCACGGAGGUGGUGGGAUACCAGCGGGACGCCAGCGGGCUCUGGCUGGCGCUGUCCACGCUGGGCCUGGACCAGAAGGGCCAGGUGGUGGGGCUGACCCAGCUGCACUGGCGGGGGGGGCGGCUCUCCCAGGUCAUAGAGGCCCAGGCGGUGGCGCUGCCCCAGCACAGCUUCUCCAGGAACCCUCACCCCUCCUCCGCCCUGCUGGCCGCCGUCCGGCACGGGGCAGAGCGCAACGGGCAGUUCCACGUGGUGGAGCUGGGCCCGCACCAGCCAGGCAACGCUGCCCUGCUCAGUGCCCGCGCCAGCCUGGCCUUCAGGGGGGCCCGGCCCGGGGACUUCCCCAGCGCCGUGCAGUUCGCCCCCCGGCUGGGCCUGGCCCUGGUGCUCACCAAGCACGCCCUGCUCUUCCUGGCCGACGUGGAGACCGCCCAGCCCCUGCACCGCGUCCAGCUGGCCUGGGACAUCGUCUUCGCCACGGUGCCCGACCCGCCCCGCCACGGCCUCGUGGGGGUGUGCCGCAGCGGCAAGGUGCUGUCGGUCUCGCUGGGCCCGGACCCCCUCCUGCAGCUGCUGUCGCGCCGCCCUGCCAGCCUCUAUCUCACCCAGCGCCUGCUGCAGCUGGUGGGGCGGGCGCCGGGGGGCCGGGGGGCUCUGUCAGGGGGAGGGGGCUGGCGCUGA